AUGCCACUGAAUCAACUUCAUAGCUGGCUGAAUGCCGUGGUCUUUGGGCUCCUGCUCCUCCUCCUCCAUGUGCAGGGUCAGGACUCAUCAGAGGCCAGCCCCAUCAGAAACACACACACAGGCCAGGUUCGAGGCAGCCUUGUCCAUGUGAAAGACACCAAAGUUGGUGUUCACAGAUUCCUGGGAAUUCCCUUUACCAUGCCACCUGUAGGACCACUGUGCUUUGUACCUCCUGAAGACCCUUUGCCAUGGAGUGGUGUGAGAGAUGGGACCUCAUAUCCAGCCAUUUGCCUGCAAAAUGUUGAUAUGAUGAAUUCAGAGAGGCUGAAGAAGCUAAAAAUGAUGAUGCCUCCCAUCUCUCUGUCUGAGGACUGCCUGCAUCUCAACAUCUACACUCCAUCACAUGCCCAUGAGGGUUCUAACCUGCCUGUAAUGGUGUGGAUCCAUGGUGGUGUACUGGUUGUAGGAACGGCUUCCAUGUAUGAUGCAUCCAUGCUGACAGCCAUUGAGGAUGUGGUGGUUGUCACUAUCCAGUACCGCCUGAGUGUCCUGGGCUUCUUCAGCACUGGAGACCAGCAUGCCAGAGGCAACUGGGGCUACCUGAACCAAGUGGCUGCCCUACGCUGGGUCCAGGAGAACAUCACCCACUUUGGAGGAAACCCUGACCUUGUCACCAUUUCGGGUGAGUCAGCAGGUGGCACAAGUGUGUCUUCAUUUGUUUUGUCCCUCAUGUCCAAAGGACUCUUCCACAGAGCCAUCAUGGAGAGUGGAGUAGCCGUGUUGCCUGGUCUCAUCUCCAGCUCUUCUGAGGUGGUUUACCAAGUGGUUGCCAACCUAUCUGGAUUUGAAGCCAUGGACUCAGAGCCCCUGGUUCACUGUCUGAGAGAAAGUUCCUAUGUUCCUGUCUACUUCUAUGAGUUCCAACAUCAACCCAGCUUCCUCAAGAAUAGCAGGCCACCCCACAUGAAGGCUGACCAUGGUCAUGAAGUUCCCUUUGUCUUUGGGCCUUUCUUCUUUGGCAUGAAAACUGAUCUCACUGAGGAGGAGGAGCUACUAAACAAGAGGAUGAUGAAGUACUGGGCCAACUUUGCAAGACAUGGGCACCCCAACAGUGAGGGUCUACCCUACUGGCCUAGGUUGGACCAUGAUGAGCAGUACCUGGAGCUGGAUAUCAAGCCUACUGUGGGCUGCGCCCUGAAGGCCAGAAGUCUGCAUUUCUGGACCAAGACUCUACCACAGAAGAUCCAGGAGAUACAGGGGACUCAGGACAAUCACACAGAGCUUUAG